CUUUCUACCACAUACACCACUUCUGACUUCAUAAUGCUUCAUAUGCAGCCUCAGGCCCCACCCCUAGGGAUGGUGGUUAUCCACAACUGCCAAUAAGUUUUCUUCUGGCUGCCCAGUCUGGGUUUCUUCAACCUAUGAGAUCCAUCUGACCCUCCAGUCCCCAACCGGAUGGGCCCCUUUGGUUGUUCAGGGCCUGUAGAAGACAUUCCUUCCACAUGACUCAUCAGGGGGCUCUCUGAAGACGGAGAUGAUCUUGAAAAAUAUGUUCAUAGUCAUCAAACAUGGAGGUGAGGAGCAGAAUAUAACUGGUAUAUGAGUAUGGGCAUGGGGAGGGCUGAGGCAGAGAUGACACAGAUGAUGGAAUACCUCAUCCCUUCUCUUCUCAGAUAAUCAGGAAUUUUUGGUCAACACCAAUUGUUCUAUCCUCCUGUUGCUCCAUUAUAUUCGCACUAAAAUGGGGUUGCGGAAAACAGACACCAUCGAUUUGUGUGAUGAAUCAGGAACUUUGAAGCUGCUUUUCCUGUCGAAGACCCCUACAGAAUAUGCAAGCAAAUUCCUUACAGUUCGAAACACCUACUACGUUUGUAAGGUGGAGCGUGGGGCUCCAGGAACCAGAAUUGAGAAUUCCUACAAAGUUGUUGUGCCUCUCCUGAAGCAUCCGGAACUUGAGCUGCUUGAGGCUCUUCGAACACAAUGUGACAUACUGGAGAAGAGCCGAUUAAAGAUGCUUAGAGCCUUGGAAGCCAAGAAACUAGCUGCCGCUGAAUCUUCCACAAACGUCUCAGGAAGACUUCUCAAAGGCAGCACAUCCCAGCACUUUUCUCUCAGCCAGCAAAAGUCCAAGAUAGUGCGGACUGAUGAAGAUGGGACUCCUCUCCCACGUAGACCAAUCCUUAAGAACAGAUCAGACUUUGGCAGGAAGGAUCGACAUCGUUGAAUUAAUGAAGUGACCAAUCCAAGAUAGUGCGGGCUGAUGAAAAUGGGUCUCCU